CGCCGGUGCGACAGCGACGUACCUGCCUGUGCAUCGCAUGCAUAUGUACGCAUGGCUUACAAGUUACCGGUACAUUGGCCAAAAAUUUUUGAAGUGCAAAGCACAGAGGCAAAGAGAAAAAGACCCGACGAGUGCUCCUGCUAGACUCACAGCGUAACAGUAACAGUACACAUCAUGGACUGCUUUGCAGAUGUUCUAGACAGUCUUGAUGACUUAGGGUACAAAGGACCCCUCAUGGACGAAACUGCUUUCCAACAAGCCAUUGACGAAGGUCCUAGCUCAACAGAGUUCACAGCCCUCAUCAGCUGGCUUGCUGGAGGACUCAACAGACUAGGUGGCGUAGAAGCAACAGUCUCAGCCACCUCUUUGGCCGAGGAGGCAGAGUCCUUUGAGUUGGAGCUGAGCAGUUUGCUGAGCGAGAUGAACUGUCCGUAUAGUGCCCUGACCCAGGGGGAAAUGAUCAACCGCUUUGGUAACAAGGAAAACAGACUACGCCUUUUGGAUUUCCUGACAAGUGAACUGCAGGCCGCCAAGAUCAUCACCUGUCGCCCCCAGAAGGUGGAUGCCAUGGAAACGGACAAGGAGUGUGGAUGGCACGUAUCUAGCCAACACCUCAAGAACAUCUGCCUGGGACUGAAGCUGUGCAAGCCCCCGGCAGACGUCAACGAGGUCCAGCUGUUCAAUAAGAUAGAGGAACGCAUACGAGCCAGGCUGAGCCAGAUAGGUGCCGAUGGUGUGGGCAAGCCAAUCCUUACAAAACAGCUCAGCGAACAACAGUGGGCUAAACUCGGGAAGAUCAAUGAUCGUAUGAGGAAGGAGUACACGCUGAGGAGACAAAUGAUAUUGAAACGUCUAGAUGUGACGGUACAGUCCUUCCAGUGGGGAGAAAGGAUCAAGGGCAAAUUGCAGGAUGACUUGGCCACUGCGUAUCGGCCCAGACGAAGCCAGCUCGCUGCAGACAGCCCCGUCACCAUAGCAACACUCAUGGCUGCCAGAGAAGAUUUGGCAAAGCUGAGAAAAACCAGCAGUGGAUCCGUCAGGAAGAACACCAAGUGUCCUAUCAAUAGAGUCCUCAUGGGACACGUCCCAGACAGGGGAGGGCGCCCUCUGGAGGCCACCCCACCACCGAAAGAGAUGCCAGCAUUCAAGCAGAGGACAGAGCAGCCCAAGGGUCAACGUCCUCAAAGUGGUCGUGGCGGUGGCAAAGUACAAGGAGGAUGGUCCAAAGGGGAGGGCAGAGGAAGAGGAGGUCAAGGAGGAGGAUGGAAUCAAGGAAACCAAUCAACCAGUGGUCGGUACCAACAGGGUGGGGGUGGGUACCAGCAGGGUGGGUACCAGCAAGGUGGGUACCCACAAGGUGGUGGGUACCAGCAGGGUGGGUACCAGCAAGGUGGGGUUGGGUACCAGCAGGGUGGGUACCAGCAAGGUGGUGGUGGGUACCAGCAGGGUGGGUACCAGCAGGGUGGGUACCAGCAGGGUUUGGUGGGGGUGGGCAUGGGGGUCAUCAAGGCAGAGGCCAUAGAGGAAAGGGCAAAAGAGGUGGGAGGUAUUAACAGCUGGCCCUUUCUGUGGUUCUGUUGGUCAUUAUCAUGAUGAAUAUCGACCAUAUUCAGUUAAAUAUUUACCCUUUGCUGAAUCUGAACAAGUUCUGUAAUUGGAUGUAGUUAAAGCCGCGUAGCUUUUUACGCCAGCAGCAAGUUGGGGUAUGUCUUGUGUGCCGAAGGCACUUGUCAAACUAAAAUCCUUCCUGCAUGUCUUCAAAGCAGAGCAUUUGUGUGGUUGAUGUACAGUGGGGGGUUGAAAAAUGAAACUAUUGUUCAAAUCUCAUGCCAUUAUUCUUGCAAAAUGAAUGUGGCCAAACGUCAAAAAUUACCCUGGUGGAAAAGUUACACUAAAGCUCCCUUUUUCUAACCAUAGUUUCAAACUCUUCCCCAGAAUAGGGGUACAUGUUGCUAAGAUUGCCUGCAGGUAAUGCUGGAUGAUGAUUACCAAGCAGAUUUGGUUUAUACUGUUCUGAUGCUAAGUAGAUACAUUAGGUUCUCUUUAUCAAUACGUUUGAGAUUACAAGAUGAACGGUCUGAACCCGAGGAAAGUUAUAAAUAUAUGAGCACAGAUAUGUCAAAAGAGUGUGCAGCAGGCAAUGCAAGUCUUACGUGAAUGACUGCAUCGUGUACUUCAUUGAAAGAAUUCAAAAAGUCUUUUAUAUAACGGGUUUUGCCCUUUCUUUCAAGAUUCAAGAGAGGAGUAAAACUGAGAUUCUUCUCCAUGUGAUUUGCAAAGAAUGUCGGUCUCUAGGCAGACAAAUGACUUGUGAAAUCCCAGAAAUUCUGAGAAAAAGUCUUUAAAUCUCCAGUUCAGAUAUAAACCGUAAAUCAUCUGUAGUCAGUGUAAAGUAUCAUUUAUUUACAUAUCUGUUUCACUGCUAAAAUUUUUCAAGUAAAGAAAAUCAAGGAAGGAAAAAAAGGUAUGUUACAUAUGGAUGCAUUCAACGAUAAGCACAAACUUACCAAUGUGUGGCUGUACGUUAAAGGUUUCCUUCAACUGCAUGAAAUGGUUAAACCCUAAGGCCCUUAAACUGCUGAAACCACUACAAACAAGUUUUCCCCCGUCUUCAACACAAUUUACAUUUCUAAGAUAUCAAACACGAAUAAAUGUACUUUCCCUACUUGACCCAACCAAUCAAAUAAGUCACAAGUCACUGGGUUACUCUGAUUAACAAAUCACAAAUAAAUGGUAGUUUUAUUUGUUCUGUGUAAAUCUGCGCAUAGUCACAAGGACCUUGAAUCAUAUGGUACAACGGACUGGAGAGUAGAGCAUGCUCUAAUGCAUGUGCAAGUGAAGGAGUGAAAAAUCUGGGAUCCAAUUUUAUUGGUAUAUUGUUGUAUUUAUGCUUGAGCCAUUAAAAUAAAAUGUAUUAUCAGCGAUUAUCUGUGGUAUUGUU